AGCCGCAGCCGCAGCACCGAGCCGCAGUUCGAGUCCCUCCCGGUGAAGCAUCCUCUCUCCCCCCGUGUGAGCCAUGGAAGAAGACGCGUCCCAUGCCGAGCCCAGCAGCUUGUCGGGCAGCACCCACACCAUCCCGCCGCCGCUCGAGCAUCCGGAGCUUCUCAUCCCGAGCUUCAGCCCGUCCUCCGCGCCAGCCUCCCCGACCCCGGCGGGGGGCACCCUGUCCCGGCUCGGCUUCAGGGGUCCCACCAGCCCUACCUCGGUGGCGCCCGGCAGCCCCGUGGCCGGCGGCCAGGUGAGCGCCAUCACCGUGGUGGCACUGCUGGACAAGCUGGUGAACAUGCUGGAGUCGGUGCAGGACAACCAGCAGCGCAUGGAGCUGCGGCAGGCCGACCUGGAGGGCGCCGUGCGGGUGGUGCAGGGCGACGUGAGCCGCCUCACCAAGACCCACGUCAGCACCUCCAACUGCGUCAGCAAGCUGCUGGAGCGCUCCCGCAAGGUCAGCGGCCACCUUAAGGACGUGAAGGAGCGCAUGGACAAGCAGGCGGUCCAGGUGAAGAAGCUGGAGGCCAACCACAGCCACCUGCUGAAGAGGAACCACUUUAAAGUGCUCAUCUUCCAGGAGGACAACGAGAUCCCCUCCAGUGUGUUUGUCAAGGACUCCCUCAGGACCCCACUGCCUAGCCAGUAUGACGCAGAAUCCACCAUGGUUACUCCAUCCAUCGCAGGCUCAGUUGAAUGCAGCCGUGCCCAAGACGAGGGUCUCCAGACCAUUAGCCUGUCCUCUGAUGACGAUGAUGUUCUCAAAGCACUGCAGGAGGAGUCCGAUAUGCUGGCGGCCGAGGCUGAAGUGGGUCUGGGCACUUCCCGCCCAUUAGAGAGAAGAGCCGACAAAUUCAAGCGCAAUAGCCUGAAGAAGGUCGAUAGCAUCAAGAAGGCCUUCACGCGCGAGAGCAUUGAGAAGAAGAUGAACCAGAUCUCCACCAAGAUUGUGCCCCCGGAGAAGCGUGAGAAACUCAGGAAGAGUCUCACCCCCAACCACCCCAAGAGCCCAACUGCCAAGUCCUCCUCAUUUAAGGUGUCUCCCAUGACCUUCAAUGUAAAGAAGGUCAGGGAUGGGCAGACCCCCACGCAAGACAUAGGUUCCCAUGGGGCAGAAGACCAUGUGGAGAUUCCUCAUCUAGGAAACAUGGAUGGUGACAUUCCCUUGGCAGAGGUUCAUGCCCAUGAAGACGUUGUGGAGGUAAAUCAGGAAAUGCUGGGUCCCUCCACCCCAGACAGCAUGAAGGCAGAGCUGGCAAUCAACGGCAAAGCACCGAGCAUUGAGUGUGAGAUCAAUGGAGAUCACGCUGCCGGCCUGGCAGUACCAGAGCAGGAUGAAGAUGUUGGCGUGGAAGAAGAUGAUGAGGAGGGAGAAGAGGAGAAGCACAAAACCCCUGUAGUACCAGCAGCCGAUGCCAAGAUCCCCACAGCAUCAGCUGCUGUGGAGCAAGCAACUUAAUAUGAUUUGAUUUUGUUGAGCAUCACUUCUAAUUUCCCUUUUUUCUUUUCUUUGUUUCUUUAAGUUUCUACAUUAUAUUCCCAUCAUGCUCGAAUGAUCCCUCCAUUAUAAACACUCACACCCAAACAAACUCAAAACAUAAUCAUAGCUUCUAGGCCUUCUUACUACUCCAUCACCACCAUAGUCUAAAAAUCUUGAAGCCUUGGUGAACGUCAAACCUCACAGUGCACAUCACCGAUCUCCUAUUUCAACCAACACGGUGCCGCUUUACCUUCACCAGCACCGGUUCUUCAAAUGUCUGCCAAGAAAGGUACAGAGAUUUGACCCACUGACUUUGGAACUGCAGCAACAGGGAGAGGCUUUCCAGAACCUUCUCAUGAAAAAUGUAAUGACUUUAAGAUUCCAUUAAGUUUUUUAAAAGCCAUCGAAAUCGGUUGCAUUAUGGCCGCCUCAACUUAUUUCCAAUGAAAUGGAAAUAAACUGCAUUAUUGCCUACAGCUGGUAUGGAGUGAGAACUACUCUUCAUUCAGAUCUCAGACCAGUUGAAAUGUGAGACAGCUGUGGGCUGGCUCUGUGCCAUCAUGGCCGGUGGAAAUGAGGUACGGGACUGCUUCUUAAUGUCUUGCGCUUGGUUGCCUAAGAAAAAGCAACGUCGCCAUAACUCACCCUUGUCAACUGGUGACCAUCCACCGGCAGCAGCAACCAUCUCCCUCCUGCUGUGCGUGCCUGUGUCUGGACCCCCCCCCCCCCCCCCCCCCGCCUCAAUGACAAACACUGUUUUGUUCUUUGUGGUUCUUGUGAAAUAUAGUAGAUGUCCGGCAGCAGCGGUGCUGCCCACAGCCUACUGAGGCGGUGCGUUGCCAGGUUGUGCACGAUUUGGAAUGGGCAGUUGGGGGGGGGGGGGGUUGUAGUGGACUGGAGACUGUUUACAGAAUUUCUUUGGACCUGUACUGAAAAGCUUCACUAACAGGUGAUAGUCUCGAAUCUCGUCAUCUGUCCUUCUUCUUUACAACUGUUAGUCCGCCCUGAUUGCUGAGGGCCUAACUGCAGUGCCUGAGGAGUUGCAUGAGGAACCUAAAAAUAUCGUAGUAGUUGGUGUUUGCCAAUUGACUGCCAACAGUUAACUUUUUUAAAAGUCUAAGAGUAGAAGUAGCAUAGAAUUGUUUGAAAUAGUAAAAAGAGAAAUAUAUAUUUGAGUCCCAUUGAUGAAGGACAACACUGCAGCACGGAAGCUGCUCUAGAUUGAGAGACAAAUAUAUGACUGGCACAAAUAACCCAUAGGUUUUAAUACUGACAUGUGUGAAAUGUCCACUCUACAGCCCUGGAUCUUUUCUACAGGGCAUCAGUGUAUGAGUAUGUACAGGAAAUAUUUCUACACGAGGCACACUUCUCUUUAGGUAUUUACCGCUUAUAUAACAUAACAUAUGAACUCUAACUUCCUUGAGUAUGUGUUCUUAAACAGUAAAUGUAUCUGUAAAGUUUUUUUGAGUUAUUAUAUGAUACUUGGGUGUAUUGAGUAAUAUUUUACUUUCAGGCAUUCAUUGCGUGCAUUGGGAAAAGUUAGCUCAGUCUCAUAUGUUUAACACUAUCUUAUAAACAUUUGCAUUCACUCCGACACUCCUUAAGUGCCUCUGCCUUGCACAGGCUGGUAUGAGGAGCUGCUCUCCUCAUGGAAUAGAUUCCAUAUUUUCUUGUAGAUAAGAAGAGUGAUAGUAAAGCAUUCCUGCUUUGUUUUUUUUUAUCUCUGUUAGGAGGAAUUCUUUGCAGCUUUAACUUUACGGAGCAUAUUCAAGCUUUGAUUACAAACUGCAAAAAGAGGGGAUUAAGUUUUCAAGGAGGUGCAAAUGUAUUUGUUACAAUCAGCCUCGUGUUUGGAAGUUGUACCUGCAAGUUUCUAUAGCGUGACCUUCCUCCUGUUGCACAUAGUUAACGCUUUGCAUGCCUUAGUUAUAGAUUUCUAAUGUUUAAUGACUCCCUAAGAAUAGUUGAGCAAGUGAUACCAGGGGCCAAGGAAACUUGUCUUUGUGUUCUUAACAUGUGCAGCCUGGAAGAGAGGAGCCUGGAAUGUGUCACACCAUAGAAUUGGAAAUUAUAGGAACCAAUUGCUGGCACUACAGGAUUGGAGAACCUCUAUUUCAGUUACACCACUAGGACCCACUUCCAUUAUUCUGCCUCUAAAUUAGACAGAGCAGAAAUUAAUCUGCUUACAUCUAAAUUAUGCAAGAAAAUCACAUUAUUGACGUCUGACAGAGACAUGUAUGGAGCAUUUGAUAUAUAUUUAUAUAUAUUUUCAACACUAUUUGACAAAGUAAUACACUCAAAGCCUCUCAUAUGCUUCACGUUUAUAAAAGUUUACCAAUCUGCUAUUUUGAUAUGAUGGGUAAACAGCUUGUUACCUAUGUACUCAUUAAGUCUGAGGAUUCUUUCUUUUUAAUUCUUCUUUUGUAUAAAUCACUCAACUAAAAUAAAGAAACAUUAGGCUUACAUGUACGUUCUGUUUUAAUGCAGAGGUUAAAAUGUGACUGGCUCUGAUGUAUUUCUGCUAAUUCAUGUAAAAGUGUGUUAAUUUGGUGAUAUCCCUGUCUGCUGUUAUUAAAAGAAUAUAUCUAGAAAUGAUUAUCUAGCCACGUGUGUGUGUAAAUGUCUGUUUUGUUUUCCUUUUGUCUUCAAUUCACUGUUUUAUCUGAAUUAUAUGUGAGGACCACUUUUUGCUGGGAAAGCUCUGACAUGAGAUACCUACAGCACAGGUUGUGAUGUUUAAUAUCAUCUUUGUUUUCGAGUUUUAAGCCUGUUAAUCUAGUCGCCCACUUAAAACCAAAGAAGUUUCCCUCACAGCCACUCGAGUGUUUCGAUGUACACCUGCUCACACUUGUCUCAACCAAUCUCGUAGCCACGCAGGAAUUUACCUUCAAAGUGUAGUAUUGUAUACGUCAAUAAAAACUUUAUAACAUUCA